CACCUGAGCAAUGGAAUCGGUAAACUCACUCUCUUCUUCCGUGUUCAGUACUUGCUGGUUGUUCUCCACCAUGUCGUCCCGAAGGAGAAACCCUACUAGCAAAGUUGUUGCCGUGCGUGGCGGAGCCAGCGGACGAGAUUAUGAGGGCAAUUUGGUGGAUGAGAACAUGAUUGUUCUCCGAAUGCGCAUUCAACAAAUGAAGAGGUUAGAGACCGGUGACUCGCCGCCAUCGGAUUGGAUGGGGUGGGAGAAGAGAUAUUAUGUACAUUACAAUGAAGACGUUUGUAAAGCAGUGGGGUUGUUGCAAUGUUAUUUGAUGAAUAUCAGGCCUAGUUUGGCUUUGGGAACUUUGUUGCUAAUCAUAUUGAGUGUACCCAUAUCUUCUGUUGGGGUCAUGUUUCAUGCCCUAGAGAUGGCUAGGGGGAUUCUAACUGGGUUUCAUCUAAAUUAAACUGGUGGUUUUCAGGACCUCACACCUGUUAUUAUUAUUUGUAUUGGUUAAAAAAUAAUGGCAUCUCUCUAUAUAUAGAAUUUGGAUGAAUGCAUGAAUGUAUGUAACAUAAAUCCUAUU